GCACACCUGUAUUUGUUUGUGCGGAUAAGAGAGAGAUGAACUAUUAUUGUUAGGCUUUAACCAAACAAUAUGGGAGAAGUGAAGCUGCUGGGAGCCUGGCGUAGUCCGUACGUCCACAGAAUCAAAUGGGCUUUGAAUCUGAAGGGUGUGGAGUAUGAGUACGCAGAAGAGGAUCUGUCCAACAAGAGCGACAUGCUGUUGCAGUCCAACCCGGUUCACAAGAAGGUGCCGGUGCUCGUUCAUGGCGGAAAACCCAUUGCGGAGUCCAUUGUCAUUCUGGAGUACAUCGAAGAGACGUGGCCACAGAAUCCACUUCUCCCUCACGACCCCUACCAGAGGGCCAUGGCUCGUUUCUGGACCAAGUUUGGAGAGGACAAGAUCCUAACGUUUUUCAAGUUGUUUGCAACUGCCGGAGGAGGAGAAGAACAAGAGAAGGCAAUAGAGGAAGCUAAAGAAGUGUUGAAGAUCCUGGAAGAGCAGGGCCUUGGGCAGAAGAAAUUUUUUGGUGGCGAUGAAACAGUCGGGCUGGCUGACAUCACCUUGGGAUGGAUACCCAGCGGCCUUGCUGCCAUUGAAGAAGCAGUUGGUGUAGAACUGCUGCAAGCCAAUAGCUUCCCUCGCCUGCAUACUUGGGUCCAGAACUUUAGGGAAGUUGCUGCCAUCAAGCACGACCUCCCUGAUCACGAUGGACUGGUGAACUACUGUAAGAGCAAAAUAAGCCUCCUGAAGGCAUCCACAGCACCAUGAGCCCAAUUCCUAGGUUGCAAACUUAUAUUGAAUUGCAGGCUUUAGUUCAUCUUACGCGACAAUAAGACACUCUAUAAUGAAAUAUGACUAGUUUGGGUGUGUGAA